AUGGCAGACGUCUCGGGAUCCCUUCCUCCGCCGAGCGGCUCCUCUUCCAAGAAGAAGUCGGGCAAGAAGAACAAGAAGAACAGCCAGAAAGCGGCUCGCAGUGAGAUACCGGUGCUAAAAGUGGUCGAUGGAAACGCAGCUCGUCACGAUCCGGCCUUAGCCGCUGCUGGCCAGGCUUCCGGCCCCUCGGCAGACAAGAAGGAGAAAAGGCUACACACCAAGACUUCUAUACCCGACCUGAAGCCUCUAACCAGUGUCGUUUCUACUGCCACUGCCACCGGCAGCACAUCGUCGGGUUCACUGCACACUACAGUCUCCAACGAAAAACCGGCCAACAUGUCAAACAAUGGCAACAAGGGAGUGACGGAUGAGUCCGCCGACUUUUCGAUCUCGGAGCCAGCAACUACCAACCCAACCUCGCCUUCGUCCACUCAAGUCGAUGGUCUCCUCGGGACGGACACUCCGCGGACAGAGGUUUCGCAGAAGGCAGGAACAGCACCGAGCACCUGUAUCGAUUACGCUGAUGCACUCAAGGAUGGCCUGAAGGAAGGUGGUCUGAAGGAGGGAACAGAGGAAAACGUUGACGAUCUUCCGGUCGAGGGCACCCCUGAGGAGCCAGCCGAGAAGCCUACCAGGAUGACCAUCCUCCCAUUCCAUGACAAUACAGCUCGAGAGAGGCCCAGCAACGCAGAUGGCGAUGCCGAACGAGAGAAACAAGCCAUAUGGGACGAAUAUCCUUCAUUGUACUUUGAGGGCGACGACAACGAGCUGGCCCAACUGGAGCGUGAUAGAGCCAACGCCUACCAGGCCGCCGGUAUCAGAUUUGCACCAUUCAACAUUCCUUUACAGCGACGACUCCAGACCCUGGCGGUUCUGCUACACUCGCUGAGUAUCGCCACAACCGUCUCUUUCUUCUUUUUCCUGUGCGCCAUUCCUCUUUUCUGGCCAUUGGUCAUUCCGUAUCUUCUUCAUAUGCUGCUUAGCAAAGCAGCAACUGAUGGAAAGCUGCGCUUCCGCUCAGAGCGGCUCCGACACUCGCGAAUCUGGCACUUCUUUGCGGAUUACUUCCCAGCUAAGCUGCACAAGACGUACGAUCUUCCUGCUGACAGGAAGUACAUCUUUGGUUAUCACCCUCACGGCAUCAUCUCACAUGGCGCCUUCGCCGCAUUUGCCACGGAGGCCCUAGGUUUCUCGGAGAAAUUCCCUGGUAUCACCAACAGCCUGCUUACCCUGGACAAUAACUUCCGCAUCCCGGUUUACCGUGAUUACAUUCUUAGCAUGGGUCUUCGCUCGGUUUCGAAGGAGUCAAUCACCAAUAUUCUCAGCCGCGGCGGGCGUGACGGUCACGGUGCGGGCCGUGCUGUGACCAUCGUUAUUGGCGGUGCUCGGGAAUCGCUGGAGGCUCAACCUGGCACACUGCACCUCGUGCUCGGUGAGCGGAAGGGCUUUGUCAAGGUGGCCAUGCGGACUGGCGCCGACAUCGUCCCCGUGCUCGCAUUCGGCGAGAACGACUUAUACGAUCAGGUCAGUCCCAAGAGCCAUCCGAGCUUGCACAAGCUCCAGAUGUUUGUGCUCCGGACUCUCAAGUUCACUCUGCCGUUCUUGCACGGAAGAGGAAUCUUCAACUACGAUGUGGGUCUCAUGCCUUAUCGCCGGCCCCUCAACAUUGUCGUCGGCAAGCCGAUCAGGGUCACAAAGAGGGCCGAGAGCGAGCUGGAGACAAGCGAGAUUGAUUCGCUGCACGCUCUGUACGCGAAGGAACUGGAGAAGAUGUGGGAGCGCUACAAGGAGGGGUUCGCCCCAGAAAGAAGCGAGGAGAUGCAGAUUCUGAAGUAG